UCCCUGUCUCUCUCCUUGGAAGUCCCCUUUCUCUCCUCACUACCUCAAAGCAGCAGCAAACAAGCCAGCGCCCGCUGCAGCAAGCUCGAAGCAGCAGUCAGCGACACCAAAUUCCCCGAAUCUCCCCUCCCAAAUGCGAGUCCUCGACUGAGGAAGCCCUUCCCGACCUCUUCGUGGUCCCCGCCGCGGCUAUCAUGCCGCCGCCGGCGGUGGAGACGCCGGAGUGGCUGCGCAACCUGCCCGUGGCACCGGAGUUCCGCCCCACCGCCGCCGAGUUCGCGGACCCCAUCGCCUAUAUACUCAAGAUCGAGCCUGAGGCCUCCCGCUACGGCAUCUGCAAGAUCGUGCCUCCCCUCGCGCCGCCGCCACGGGAGGCCACGGUCGAGCGCCUCAAGGCCUCCUUCGCUGCCAAUGCGGCCUCCACCACCGCCGGCGACGUCGAGGCCCCUGCACCCACCUUCCCGACGCGGCUGCAACAGGUGGGCUUCUCCGCCAAGAAUCGACGCCCCGCGAGCCGCCGCGUCUGGGAGAGCGGCGAGCGGUACACGCUGGAGGCCUUCCGCGCCAAGGCCCGCGACAUCGAGAUUCCGAGGCACGCGGUGCCGCCCAAACACGCGACGCACCUCCAGCUGGAGGCGCUCUUCUGGGGCGCCUGCGCCGCGAAGCCGUUCAACGUCGAGUACGGCAACGACAUGCCGGGCUCCGGCUUUGCGGCGCCGGAGGAGCUGAGCCUCGACCUGGAGGGCGCUGGAGGCAAUGCGACCCUUGCAGCGAGGGACGUUGGGGAGACGGAGUGGAACAUGCGGUUGGCCCCUCGUGCUCGAGGCUCGCUGCUGCAGCCGAUGGGCCGGGAUGUGGCCGGCGUGACGACGCCGAUGCUGUAUGUUGCGAUGCUGUACAGCUGGUUCGCGUGGCACGUGGAGGACCACGAGCUACACAGCCUCAACUACCUCCACUUCGGCAAGUCCAAGACCUGGUACGGCGUGCCACGGGAUGCCAUGCUCGCCUUCGAGGACGCCGUCCGCGUGCACGGCUACGCCGACGACCUCAACGCCAUCAUGGCCUUUCAAAUACUAAAUGAAAAGACAACUGUCUUGUCUCCUGAAGUGCUUCUUUCUGCUGGAGUUCCUUGCUGCAGAUUGGUUCAAAACCCUGGUGAAUUUGUUAUCACAUUCCCUGGAGCUUAUCAUUCUGGUUUUAGCCAUGGAUUUAAUUGUGGAGAAGCAACAAACAUUGCUACACCUUGCUGGUUGCAAGUGGCUAAAGAAGCUGCAAUCAGGAGGGCUUCCACAAAUUCAGGCCCAAUGGUGUCUCAUUAUCAGCUGCUUUAUGAGCUAGCACUGUCAUUACAUCUAAGGGAGCCUAAGAAUUCUCAUAUGCCUAGAAGCUCUCGUCUAAGGGACAAGAAGAAGAAUGAAGGUGAAAGAAUGAUCAAAGAAACAUUUGUUGGAAGUGUGAUAGAAAACAACAGUUUUCUGAGCACCCUUCUUGACAAGAGUUCUUGUAUAAUUAUCCCGGAGAUUGAAUUUCCCCUUCCAUCUGUUCCUACAACGAGGGCACCUGAAGUCUCUGAUAAGCAAGGCUUGAUUGCUGGUCCCUGUAGUAUUAGCCAGCAAAAAGCUGAGGAAACUCUUGUUUAUGGUGAUGAAAUUGAUGAAAUCAAAGAGGUUGAGAACAUGAGUGAAUCAACCACUUCCUCUGCAUGUAACCAAAGAAAGUUCUACGAAACAAAAUUUGGAAUAGUUAGUAGUACUGCAUUUUGCUUAUCAACUUCAGAUAUUCAGAUUGGAGUAAUUGGAAAAGGUAGAUCACAUCAAGGAGGUGGGCUCUUAGAUCAAGGGCGGUUGCCAUGUGUUCAGUGUGGCAUAUUAAGCUAUGCUUGUGUAGCUAUCAUUCAACCUAAAGAAGCGGCAGUCCAAUAUGUCAUUUCUAGGGAGUGCAUGUCAUCAAGUGCAAUACACAGAGAAAUAAUGGAAUCGGAUGAUACCUCAAAUCGAAUGGUGAUAGCUCAUCAACAAGGAUAUGCUCAUCAAACUGAUGAUAAUACAAUACAAAAUGUGAGUGCAGCCCAAGUUUCUGAUAGGUGUAGACAGCUAUACAGCAGCAGCACCCAUGGAUGCACUUCCGCUCUUGGGCUUCUGGCUUCUGCUUAUGAAUCAUCAGAAUCUGAUGAAGAAGCAGAUGCACCUAACAAUAUAUCAAACAAUUGUGAAAACAAUAAUGCGGCAAAUGGAGCCACAAAUAUUCAGUCCUCCAGAACAUCAGUUCAGGAUGAAAAUACGAAUUUGCAAUUGUAUGAAGAGGAAAAUAACUCCAGAGCAAUAGCAUCUCUGAUGCAACCAGUGGAGGAUAAGAGUACUGCUAUGACUCCUGUUAGUAUGGAAACAAAUAUUAUCCAUCUAGCAGAUCAGGGAGAGUCACUAACCUUCCAUGAGCAGUGGCAUGCGUAUCUUGACUUUGAUGAUCUAACUGCAUCAGGUGUAAAAGCCUCUCCGAAUACUAGUUUGGGCACGGCUAAAGCUGCAAUGAAAACAGAUGCACUGACUUUGUUCAAGUACAGCAAGGAUUCCUGCAGAAUGCACGUGUUUUGUCUAGAACAUGCUUUGGAAACUUGGACACGACUUGAACAAAUUGGUGGUGCUAAUAUCAUGCUCUUAUGCCAUCCAGAAUACCCUAGAGCAGAGUCAGCAGCAAAAGUUAUAGCAGAAGAACUUGGUAUGAAGCAUGCCUGGAAAGAUAUCACUUUCAAAAAAGCAACACGUGAAGACACUGGAAGAAUUCAAUUGGCUCUUCAGGAUGAAGAUGCAGAACCUACGAGCAGUGACUGGGCAGUAAAAAUGGGUAUCAACAUAUAUUACAGUGCCAAACAAAGCAAAUCUCCACUUUACAGCAAGCAGGUACCAUACAAUUCUAUCAUUUACAAGGCAUUUGCUCAGGAAAAUCCAGACAGCUUCGCAGAUGGACAGCGAUCAAGCACAACAAAGAAAAAGGUAGCUGGAUGGUGGUGUGGCAAAAAAUGGAUGUCAAACCAAGUUCAUCCACUUUUAGCUUGUGAACAGGUAGAACAGAAUCAUGAAACAGUUUACAGCAAAACGAUGUUAUCUGCUAGUUGUGACAGGAUGCAAGAACAAUCAACAAGAUCUACUACCCUGAUCAACCAAAAUUCUUCAAAAAAGAUAACCAGAAGAAAAGAGGGGGACUCUGUUGAGAAAUCUAGAGGCAAAAAGAAGAGAUGCAGUGCCAGUGCUUCUGAUGAAGCUGCUUUGCACUGCAGUGUGUAUGAUCAGCCUGUAAAUUCUGAUAAUCAUGCCAAAUAUGAAGAUGGAGAUGAAAGUGUGGAAGCACGGAACACCCGACAUCAUCAACAAUAUGAAUCGCUAAAUAAAAAAUCAAGUUUGAAGAGGCGAAAGGAUAAUAAUAGAAGCAACAGCUUUCAUGAGCUACACAAGGACAAUGUUGACAUUGACUGCAGGUUUGAUACAGACGGCACUGAAAACACCUCAAUAGGUGACUGGGAUAAUAGUCCACCACAAGGGGGUGAUGUCAAAGCAGUGAAAUCUGGUGCUCGAUUGCUAGGCACUAAGAGGUUUAGCAAGGAGAAGGGAAGUAAUGGUUUGUCAAAUGUAAACAAGAAAUUGGUAAAGAUGGGUAAGAAAAUUAGUACUAAGAAGCAAAAGAAUGACAAAACAAAUAGGCAGUUUCAAGAAAAUCACAAAAAGGCUGACAUUGUGGAUUUGCUUCAUGAAGAUGAUGGAGAUGAAGGCACAUACAUAGACUGCAAUGAAAUUCGAAAACAAAAAACAGAUGACGUGAGAGUAAAAUCUAGAGGCAAAAUGCAAAGUGGCAAGAAAAAAGUCAGCAGAUGUCAGGCAAGUGAUGGUUCGCACAAUGGAGGCAAGGAAAUGAAAUUAUCAAGUGACAUAGAAGUGUGCAACAGAAGAGGAGAUGGAACAACGGCAGCCAAUUUUGAAGAAAUUCCAAAAGAAAAGGCCGAUGCUGUGAAAGUGAAACCCAAGAUGCAAGGUGACAAGAAAAAAACCAGUAAACAUCAGGCAGGCGAUGGAGAUAAAGGAGCAAAAUUUUCUUGCGAUAUAGAAGGGUGUGACAUGAGUUUCAGCACCCAGCAUGACCUGUCGCUGCACAAGAGAGACAUCUGUCCUGUCAAAGGAUGCAAGAAGAAGUUCUUCUGCCAUAAAUACUUGCUCCAGCACCGCAAAGUGCACCUGGAUGAAAGGCCGCUCAUGUGCUCAUUCCCAGGCUGCGCGAAGACAUUCAAGUGGCCAUGGGCGAGGACAGAGCACAUGAGGGUGCAUACAGGGGUGCGCCCGUACGCAUGCACGGAACCUGGCUGCACCCAGACGUUCCGGUUUGUGUCGGACUUCAGCCGCCACAAGAGGAAGACUGGCCACUCGUGUGACAAGAAAAAGAAACGCGGCCUUUGACUGCUCGUGCACAAGUACAGGUUUCUUCUCUGACGGCGAGCGAUCUGAAGGGGAUGGAUGCUAAUCGAAUAAUUGCGCCAGGUUCCAUUGUUUGCAGAAUUAAUCUGCAUUAGGAGUCUAAUUCAUUUCAUUGUUUAUUACCGCUGCAACAUAACAGCUCAUUCACUGUCGCUUUAGGUCCAACUGACCUGCUGGUGACUGAGAUUGUACCAUGUCAAUUGUAUCGUUCUUUCGUUCAUACUUAGAAAUCGGGAAGUUUCUGUUGACAGGAACGUUGGAUUUAGUGUACGGCGCCUGUUAUUAACAUGCGUGUAAUUCUGUACUGAAGUGCUCCUUUCUUAUUUUUACAUUUUUUAAAAUCUGGAAGGAAUUAGUGUACGGCGCCUGCUAGUUUUGAUGUAGGAUUCAUUUGGCAGUUCUUGAAACGAUUAUCGCAAAAAUAGAAUCACUUGUU